AUGAACCAACGUCGUCCCUUGGACGCCCCUCUCGACGGCCCCGUCCACCAAAAGAAGCCCACCGGUCUUCUCACCCGCUUCGUCCCAGCCCGCCUCCAGCACUCUAAAGCCUAUUCGCUGUUUCUACGCCUUACGCGCGUGACACAGUUUCUCUCUUCUGUAAUCUCACUUGGUGUCUUCUCACAACGCCUCUUCAAGGUCUACCGUCUCGUCAACUCUAUUAAGACUCGCCGUGGCGUGAACGGGUCCUAUGGUGCCGUCGAAGGCAUUCUCGCCGCUGCCGUGCUUUACACCCUUAUCACGACCCUCCUCGGAUGCAUCAAGAAAAACUCCAGUCCCGGCACCAAGAGUUGGCUCCGCUGGCUUUGGGUCGUGCUCGACCUCUUAUUCGUGGGCGCCUUCAUCGCUGUAGCCGUUCUCACUUCGCCCAACGGCGGCAUGGCUGGCCCAAGACAAUGCUAUAAUGAGCGAAGUCUUCGAAAUGGCUCCAAUAGCACUUCCGGCGAGUACGCAAGCACCGAUGACACUUGCAACUUGCCUUGGGGCACUUUCCUUCUGGGUAUUCUGAGCACUCUCCUUCACGCAAUUACUGCUUCUUUCCACGAGGUUAGAGACCAUCACCGCAGAAAUAAGCUGAGUGCUGCCGAGGAGGAGAAGGCCUUGCACCGCGAACAAGUCGAGCCUGGACAUAACUACAACGCGCCUGGCCAUGUCGCCGCUGGACACAACGGAAAUGGACAUAAUGGGAUCCGCCAUGCUACUGCCGCGCCAGGAUCUGGUCAUGUCGGAGAUGGAUAUGCAAGUGAGAACGUUAACGGAUCCGUACCUAUGCAGUCCCCGGGCAAUGCUCGGUAUUAG